AACAAGUUCCCUUUGGACACCCUGUUGUGAUAGCUCUCCGCUGUUGAUCGAUUUCCUUUUUCUUCUGAUUUCUUUGUACAGCGACAUAUAUGGUGCCUGAAGUUUGUUUAUUGUUUAACUGUAUUUACUGUACGAUUUUCAUAUUUCAAAAUCGAUCGAUGCUGGCAGGAUCCAGCUGAAACUUGAACCGCAACAAAAGUCUUCGCGUCACCACUCUGUCUCAUCGACCUCCAUGAAGCAUUAACCGGCCGGUCAUUUCUCCUUUUUCCCUGGUUCAGGAGGACAAAGAAACGAAGGUCAAGGUCGAGAUUGUUGAGUCGUCGAGUUGUCUCAACCUGACGGCCACCUUGCAAACUCUCAUCGAUACCGGCAUUGACAUCGGCCAUCGACACUAAUUUGUUGAUCAUCUGCGACAGCACAAACUUGAACCCAACGAAGCACCAGUUAAGGAGGGGAUAAUAUUAUGGCGUCUACUCCUACCCCGUCCAGGUCGAUACCUGUACAAUCCAAACCAAAACCAUGGUACCGCUACAUCACGCUGGACCUCCUACUGCUGAUCCUAGCCAACUCGAUCUUCCACCCGUGGAUAAGCCUGAUUUUCUACCUGUGUCUGGCCUCAGUGCACAAACACCGCGAGCCACUGGCCUACUAUACGCUGUACUACACGGCGGCGUUGGCCGUGGUAGAGUGCGCGAUCUGGAUCAACCAUCGUGUCGCCCAUGGGCCGCAUCGCAAAGUCGACUGGGAGAACGAGGUCGCCGUGGUCACGGGCGGCGGGUCCGGGCUGGGAAGAGUGAUUGCGCAGAUGCUCGUGAGAAAGGGGGUCAAGGUUGCGAUCUGGGAUGUCAAAGAGCCUGAUGCGGAGGCCUUGGAUGAGAUGGAGAGGUGGGAUUUGGUUUGGCAUCAGGUCGAUGUCGCGAGGCUGGAUGAGGUCCAGAGCGCGAUGGACAGUGUUGUUGAUGAGCUCGGUAGUCCCACGAUUCUCAUCAACAACGCCGCCACAACCGUAUCCGCGCUUCCGUUGGUCUCAACCCUCAAGAAUCCAUCGUCUUUGUCACCCGAACAGGCCAGCAGGACCUUGGAGAUCAACACGCUGUCACACUUCAAUACCCUGUCAGUCCUGCUUCCUCGGCUUAUAGCGUCGGCAAAGGGUGCGCAUAUCGUCACCAUCUCCUCGAUCCUGUCACACCUGGCACCCGCCUGCUUGGCGGAUUAUGCAAUGUCAAAGGCCGCUGUGUCGUCACUCCACCAGACUCUCUGUCACGAACUCCGAAACCAUCCAGAUCCCACUGUCUUUGCACGGGUCAAGACCCUCCUCGUCGAACCCGGCCAACUUGAUACUCAGCUGUUUGCUGAUAUCACGUCCGUCCCCUUCUAUGCACAUUUCUUCGGCCCUGUGCUGGCUGCCAAGGACGUGGCUAAGGAUAUCGUCCGUACCAUAGAGAGGGGUGAUGGAGGGGUUUUGAGGUCCCCGUUCUAUGCCAAGUGUAUGCCGUUAUAUGGUGCUUUGCCGGGUUCGUUGCAGUUGUUAAUGCGUUGGUUCAGUGGGAUUGAUAGAGCCAUUGUUGGAAGGGACAAAAGGACUUCAUAGAGCAUGAGGUGCCGUGGUUCGAUGUGAUAGCAUGUUAUGGUGCUCGUCUCUCCAGCAUGAGCCGUCAUGUCGAGGUUUAAUUUUGCUCGUCUCAAGUGCUCGUUCUGAAAAGAUAGCUUCAGUAGCAGUCGCCGUGUUCACUUGAGUUGUGUUGCAGUAUGGAUAAAAAGUGCGACAGGCUCCUGUCGAGCUGAAAAGCCUCGCGUUCGUGUAUGUCCCUCAGUCAUCCUCAAGAAUCGUAAUACCAGCUUCCUUGACCG